AUAUGAAGAAAAGGCGAAUAAAAUAGAAACGAGACCUAGAAAUGUUGAAGCAUAACGCGACUCCAUUGUCAAAUUUCCUUCAAUUUCAUUUUAAGGCGAAUAAUCAUCUAUUUUCCUUAGCGCGAAUCUCCUCUUCAAGCAGCAGUCACUCCCAGUCUAAGAUGGAGACAGCUUCUUAUAUGUUUGGGCCAUACAAGAUUCACAAUAAAGAAGUCUUUUAUUCCACUCAUUUCUCUUAUGCCUUGGUCAACCUCCGCCCCCUUCUUCCUGGUCAUGUGCUUGUCUGCCCAAGGCGUGAAGUAAAACGCUUUGCUGAGCUUACUACUGAUGAGACUAGCGACUUGUGGCUUACAGCACAAAAAGUUGGCAAGCAACUUGAGUCAUACCACAAGGCGUCUUCUCUUACAUUUGCAAUCCAAGAUGGACCCCAGGCAGGACAGACAGUUCCGCAUGUUCAUAUUCACAUCAUCCCACGGAAAAGUGGCGAUUUUGAAAAGAAUGAUGAGAUUUAUGAUGCUUUGGACGUGAAGGAGAAAGAGAUGAAGCAGUCACUUGAUUUGGACAAGGAAAGGAAAGACAGAAGCAUUGAGGAGAUGGCUGAAGAGGCAGAUGAAUAUAGAAAACUUUUCCAUUGAAGAAGCAGAUGAAACUUUUCUUGUGAUUGGGCUUACAUCAUCUCAUUAUUACUCUCUUAGAGUCUUAACUGUUGGGCAAGUGCUUUGUUAAUCUGUUGUGGAUUCCUUAUAAACUAUAUGUGAUAUAAUUGAAGCUGUUGCUGUUUUCUUCUAUACUCAAAUUCUUUUGUUUGGAUGAAUCACCUUUCUCAUA